ACAGUAUUGUUAGUGAAAUCAGGUAACAAGAAGAGACCCUGAGUGCUACUCGCUCUCUUGAGAGAGACUAAAUGAAUAACUCAUGAAGGGUCCACUCUGCUCAUCCCAUCUCAUGCAUGGGUGCCAGCGCUACUCUACUGGCCGCUCUCAUUGACUGGCACGACGCAGGGUGCCAGGGGCUUGCGGGAGCCGCUCGGCCUGUGGAAAAUAAAAGCUUGCGGGAGGUUUCGGCUGAUUGCAGACGCGUAGGCAUGCUGGGCUGGAAGGAGGAAGUGCAGUGGGGAGGAGGGGAGGGACCGCGCAUCCCCAGCGCCUCCGCGCCGCCUCGGACUGCGCCACAUGGAGCGGUGCGCGCCUGGAACAGCUUCAUACUGCACCCGAGCCGAGGACUAACAGAGUACCUGCACAGGAUGGAAACCGAAGAGGCACAGGAAAUGUCCCAAAUAGCAGGGACAGACAGCCCCACUACUAAUGAGGGGGCAGAAGAGCAAGAGGAGGCUAUGCCUGUCCCUGAGGACCUGUCCACUAGCACAGGUCUCCAGAACAAUAAUCGCACCGACAAACCAACAGCCUGCAAUAUAAAAGUUGAGGCUCGGAGUGAUGAGGAGAACGGGCUGGCCGCUGAGAUGAAUGGCGAGGAAGAGGAGUGUGUGGCCGAGGACUUGCGCAUGCUCGAUGGCUCAGGGGCCAAAGUGAACGGCUCCCACGCAGGCCCAGACAGCAAGCCAGCGCCCGCCUACCCUAUGGCCGGGGGCAUCCGCCUCCCCAAUGGGAAGCUCAAGUGUGAUAUCUGUGGAAUAGUUUGCAUUGGGCCCAAUGUGCUGAUGGUGCACAAGCGAAGCCACACUGGUGAAAGGCCCUUCCAGUGCAGUCAGUGUGGGGCCUCCUUCACUCAGAAAGGCAACCUCCUACGCCACAUCAAACUUCACUCUGGAGAGAAACCCUUUAAAUGUCAUCUAUGUAACUAUGCUUGCCGCCGAAGAGAUGCCCUUACCGGACACCUCCGCACACAUUCUGUUGGAAAGCCCCACAAGUGUGCAUAUUGUGGACGCAGCUAUAAGCAGCGAAGCUCACUGGAAGAACACAAAGAACGAUGCCACAACUACCUGCAGUGCAUGGGCCUUCAGAACAGCAUCUACUCAGUGAAGGAAGAGAACAGCCAGAGUGAGCAGAGGGAAGAAUUAAACCUGGCUGCGUCUGAGAGAGCCUUGGUGCUAGACAGAAUAGCAAACAAUGUAGCUAAGCGUAAGAGCUCUAUGCCACAGAAGUUUGUAGGUGAGAAGCGUUUCGCUGACCUCUCAUUUGAGAGCAACUCAGGUGAGAUGAUGCAGCCGUCAGCAGUGAUUGACCAGGCAAUCAACAGCGCCAUAAGCUACCUAGGAGCUGAGGCUCUGCGGCCACUGGUUCAGACCCCACCAGGCUCGACAGGCGAUAUGGUAGUCAGCCCCAUCUACAACAUUCAAAAGUCCCAAACGUCUGAGAGCAACGGAUUGUCGGCUAAAGAUAGCGCAGCCGAGAACUUGCUCCUGCUUUCCAAGUCCAAGUCUGCAAUGAGCGAGAAAGAUGGCUCACCCAGUCACAGUGGCCAGGACUCCACUGACACCGAGAGCAACAAUGAGGACCGGGCUGCUGGUGGAGGAGGACCGACGGCAAGUGGUCUUAUCUAUUUGACCAAUCAUAUGGCUCCAGGAGCACGAAAUGGUGCUUUGCCCCUGGUGAAGGAAGAGCAGAGGCACUUUGAGUCUCUGCGGGCGGUGGGAAUGGAGCUGGGCAUAGGAGUGUCUACAGAAGGCUUUAAAGUGCUAAGUGCUGAUGGUGAGGAAGUGAGGGCGUAUCGCUGUGUUCACUGCAGGGUGCUCUUCUUGGACCAUGUCAUGUAUACCAUUCACAUGGGAUGCCAUGGCUUCCGAGACCCCUUUGAAUGCAAUCUAUGUGGCUACCGCAGUCAGGACCGCUACGAGUUCUCCUCACACAUCACACGUGGAGAACACCGCUACUGAGCGAUUAUGUACGCGCCCACACCUACACACAUACAUCGGUAUAGUGAUACCAGCAUUCCAACACACAUACAGUCAUCAGUUAUAUGGCAUUUGUAAUAUUGUUUUUUUAAUGCAUUGUCUGAUCACUGUGUGCAUGCUGAAAGGGUCAAUUAUUAAUUUAAUAUACACUGAUUACUGUAGAGAGAUGUAAAUAGAAUUCAUUGCCAUGUCUAUUUUUCUACAACUGUGUGAGUUACUGAUAAAUAUAUAAUUGAAAAUUGAAAAUUGAAAUCAAGGUAAAUAGUUUUCAAAAACAACCCUAUGUAUUUUUUGUUUCUCUGAAUUCAUUGAUAAAAUAACCCUGGUUUGGAAGCCGCAUUCGAUAGAUUUAAAUGACUACAUUGAAUUUGCAUUUAUAGCCAAUCUUAAAAAAAAACCAAGUAGCAUUUCGGGAGAACACGUUAGUUUGGCUCAAUAAGAAAUUGUGUUAUUUUGUUUGUAAAUUGGAAAUCACUUCUACAAUUCUACUUGUAUAUGUAAAUAUACAGAUUUUUAAAACUGUUAAAAUACAGUUUCAAGUGUUAGUGUGAACAUAAAGAUAUACGGCAAUAACGAUUGUAUCCACUUCCAAUCAACAGUUUGGACAUGCUAGUUUGAAUAUUUUAUAUGUAUCAUUGUCUUGAACAGUGGUUCUCAACAGGUGCCCCUGCCCUGCACAUUUUUGUGUUUUCCCUGUGCUCUACCAUACACAUUUAGCCUAUUAAUUAGCGAUUAAUUAAAUAAGCUGUGCUGGGAGAUGAGAGAACGCUAAAAUGGAGCAGAGUUGAGAACCACUGGUCUUGAAGACUGUUUAAAAGAACUAUUGAAAUUUCAAAGACAAAUGUAAAUAAUGAAGUUACAAUUUUUGUAUGUAUCUUUAAUAGGCCAUUUAUUAUUAAUACAAAUAAGUGCUGGCUGUAUUAAAUUUGAAAUUAAAUAGUUUUCACGAAAAGUGUUUAUUAAAAACUUUAGAGAAAGCAGUUGAAACAACCGCUGCCUUUGUGAGAACAUUAGGAGAAGUCUCCUGUUCUCGUGAAUCUGGCUGAGAAAAUGCAGAGGAUCUGCAAAGCUUCAUCAGGGUUACUAUUAAUUAGCUAAAAUCUAAAAGAGGUUUGGGGAAUAUGGGGAAUAACCCAAUAUUUCUAUUUUCACUAUUGUUCUAAAAUAGAAAAUGGUUAAAAAAAAUUAUAAUAAUACUAUUCAAUGACCUGGUAUGUCUAAACAUUUGACUGGGAGUGUACUUCUUGUAUCAGCAGUAUUGAGAACUUAACACUUCUCAAAACUAAACUCCCCUUCCUGUAUGUAUUAUGAGCAAUUAUUGUUCUGAAGUAUUUCUUUUUUUAUAUUGAUUUUUUGUUUUUGUUGUAUUAUUAUUUAACCUUAGAUUUACACAGAAUUGGACACAUCAUCAUCAUCAGUGCUGAAAUAUGCUUGCAAAGUAUCAAUAAAAAAUACAUUCAACCAGUG